CUUGAGUUCCAGUCUUCGACAAGAAAGCCACCUUUCCCUUUCCAUUUCCUUUUGUUGUCUUUGUUUGUUUCACGCUGGCCGGACGUCGGAAGUCGUCGACUGAUCUGCGGACAUCGCUUUCGUCUCGGAAAUCAUGACUACUGUCGCACCGCCGAAUGGUGCAGUGGCCGAGCCACGCAACGAUUUUCUCAUUCAGUCUGAACUUAUCGUCGUUUCUGUCGUGUUUUUGUGUCUUUCAUUUGUGGCUAUCUGCGGGCGGAUAUGGUCUCAAGUCAGGUAUACGCCUAAAUUAAAAGCUGAAGAUUAUUCCCUUGUCAUUUCUUUCGUUAUCUUCGCCGCGUUCAAUGGCGUCCUCUUCGCUGGAUCCAAAGCUGGACUGGGCGAGCACGCAUGGGAUGUUGAAUCGACCGCAAUAGAGCGGGUUCGCCUGCUGUCGAAUGUCCUCGAUAUCAUCUAUUCACUCAUGAUGCUCGCUGCGAAGGGUUCGGUUCUGUUCUGCCUUCUGUCUAUUUUCCUCGCAGCCACUGGGGCUGAAUCUGUCCGCUGGUCAAUUUGGGCACUCCUAGCGUUCAAUGGCCUCAGUUACACUGCCAUCACAUUCGUUCAUAUCGUUGCGUGCAACCCACGAUCUAAGAUAUUUGAUCCUUCCAUCCAAGGAAAUUGUCUAUCCCAUGAUGGGCUAAACACUGCGUUCGCAGCAAUCAAUCUCACGACGAGCGUUGCAAUCUUUGCUCUUGCGAUGGUGUUACUCCGGCAGUUACACUACACAUUGAGCAGGAAAUUAGCAAUCUGUGGUAUCUUCUUCGUCGGUCUUCUAGCAUGUGUGACAGCUGCUGGUAGACUGUUCUCUAUCACAGGAUAUGACUAUAGGCGUGGAGACUUCACCAUGGCAUCCUUCCACGUCUACAUCACUGCCAUCGUCGAAUAUGGCUUCCUCGUUCUAAUUGCCUGUCUUCCCGUGCUCACCCGCCACACCAGCUUGCUCGGCGACAGCCAGCGGCCUCGUGAUUCCUGGCCUCGAGCUACCAACCUCCGCUGGGUCUCGCCAAUCAUCCCCAUCGAAGAGAAAUAUAGAUCCUCGUCCUACACCCAACUCAACCGUCCCAGAACCACAUCGUCAAUUGGCAGCAAAUCCCUCGUUCUCACUCCACUCCAAACAUCAACUCUCCCUCCGCCGCCACCGCCUCCUCCAAAGCCAACGAGAUACACCAAAUCCAAAGCGGCCACAAAACCCCACCCACCCCGUCCUCAACGACCUUCAACACCCCUAUCCUCAUAUCCAGAAACUCAGCCCUCGGGGCCAUUCUCCAACCGCAUCUCCCACCAAUCCUACGACUCCUACAUGACCGCCUCAAUCGCCGGCAUGCUAAAUGGCGAAGCCGCACCUUCUGUCGCCGCUCCCCUAGGUUUGUCUCCCGCGUUCUCCGAGCGAACCGAGUACUUCACCAUGCCUUCUCCUCUCGUCGAAGAGGCGAGACAGCUGACAUUCACGCCUGUCGUUAACAGCGCUGCGCUAGACAAGCAGCAAGGCGAGGCGACAAUGUUUGCGGAGAUUACGAGGACAGCGGAUGGGCCUGCUUCUCGUGAGAGAGUGCGGUCUGAGGGAGAGGAGCAGGGCGUGUGGUUCAAGAAGAUGGAUUGGGUUUGAGAACUUGGACAUCAGCUCUCACCCGCCUUGGCUUUCCUGGGGAUGAAACUGAGCUUUGACGAUUCAACGCCUCGAUAUACACUGCGAUGACGCUACAACAUCCGCUUCCGCAUUUCUUUCAAUGUCGACUCUUCCCUUAAAUUUAUUCGACAUACAUCUACCGCCUCCAAUUCGUUACGUCCACAACAAACAC